AUGAUGAGAAAUAAUUUAAUAUCUCAAUUGAAUUCUCAUUCAAUACCAAUAUAUGGAAAUGUUAAGGUGUUGGAUUUGAGUGAAAACAAAAUUAAAAAAUUGGAUGGACUUUCUUCUCUCAAAUACAGUUUACAAAUAUUAAAUAUUCAAAAGAAUGAAAUUGAAACAUUGAAUGACAUGUCUCAAGUGUUAGAAUUGGAACAAUUAACAAAUAUUGAUUUUCGAGGCAAUCCCAUUCAAUCCUUGGAAGAAGAAAAUUUAAUAUUUGAAGAAAUUUUAGAAAAAUGUAAUAAUGUUUGGUUUAUUAAUGGUGCGACGACUUUGGCAUCUCCAUUAGUGGAAGAGGAUGAAAACCACCAUUUUGAAAAGAAUGAAUACUCCAUCAUGAUGGAAUUCGAAGAAAAUUCAAACUCUUUCAAGAAUCAAUCAUGUUGUGGUCAUGUCUCAUCUCUCACUCCCAUGCAUGUUCAUGAUUUUGAAGAAAAUAGAGAACUUCAAUCCAUUUCUUCUUCAUCUAUACCACCACCACCACGAAAAUCGCAACAACAUCAACAACAACAUACACCGAUCUUUCCACCACAUCUUCUCACAAUAAUUUGGAAUUCUACAAUGAUGAAAAGAAGAGAAUGGCAGCAGAAGAACUUUUAA